AUGAGCACCGAGAAUGGGUUUCAGGACUUAGAUGGUGAGCAAGAAACCGACAACUACCAAGUGAAGGCCAAGAAAACCGUGGAUGAGUAUAAGAAACUUGAUGCUGGUGAUGAAUCCUUGAAGAGAUGGAAAGAAUCGCUUGGCUUGAGCUCUGAUGUGUUGCCACUCGAGUAUCCUGGUGAUAAGAGGAAAGUUGUCAUCCAGAGAAUUCAAUUGCUAGUGGAUACAGAACCAGAGCCCAUCACAUUUGACCUGACGAAUGAGAAGACCAUCAAGGAGCUGGCAUCGAAGAGAUAUAAGAUCAAGGAAAAAUCCAUUUACAAAUUGAGAAUCACAUUUAAAGUUCAGCAUGAGAUAAUCACGGGUCUGAGAUAUGUUCAGUACAUCAAGAAAGCGGGCAUUGCGGUUGACAAGAUAGAUGACCAUCUGGGUUCGUAUGCUCCAAACACAAAGACUAAGCCGUUCUACGAAGUCGAGUUGCCGGAAAGUGAAGCCCCAAGCGGUUUCUUGGCUAGGGGAAAUUACAGUGCUGUGUCGAAAUUUAUUGAUGACGAUAAGACAACCCAUCUUACGCUAAACUGGGGUGUAGAAAUAACCAAGUCAUGA